CAACCACCGAGUCGAAACAAUAUUGUUUUGUGGAACGUCGAUCGUCGAUGCUGGUUAGUAUAACUGUGAGAGAUGUAACGUAUCCAUGUAACAGAGGUAAAAGAGGCAGUGCUGUAAAUGUACCACAGUGAAAAAGACCAUUGAAAGGUACUAAGCAUGAAUUCCAAAGUAUGUGGCGUCCUGAUUUCAUUUUGGUUACAUUUAAUUUUUUAUUGGACGAGUGGUGCUACGGAAGGAAGAUCUAAAGGAUUCUUGGCUUAUAGAACUGUUCAGACGUUUCAGACAUAUUGUACCUGUAACACAUCUUAUUCUUGCUCCUGCUGUCAAAGUGUUUUUAUUUUAUACACUAAAGCUGAAAAAAAGCUUUGCGUUAAUCUUACUUAUCAAAGAAAUGGACUAAAUAUUGAUAUGGCGUUGAACUCCGAUACAUUAAGAAGUAGGACAAUCACAAACUAUAAGCCAUUAAAAUUCUGCACUAAUAUACCAGGAUGUUACUUUUCAUCUGCAUGUGUAAAUAUAUUGGAACUCAAUAAAUUUCCCAGAUCAAUCACUGCUUGCCUUCGACUGGAUAUCUUCUCUAAGAAACGACUAUGGCAACUAAAUUACGACUGCAUUAGCAUAUCGAUGGACUUGCCUACAAUACCAGGUAAUGGAACGACGUCGACGACGAUGAACGCAGGAAUGACAUCGGCAAUGAGCACUCAAACGACGACGAUGAGAGCGGUGGAAACUGAAGAAACUACAUCAACGGAUGUAGAAAUAAUAACAGUACCAGGAAGUAGACCAACAACAGUUGUGGAUAUUGAUUAACUAAUUAUUACAAAAAAUAUGACAAUAUUCUGUAGAUUACUCCAAAUACUUAAUUAAUAACUGGCUUAGAUAUAAAGUUCUUGCGAAGAUAUGAUAAAUUAUACUGUAGAUGUAGUUAAUUAAAAACUUUA